AUGGAUGUCAAUGGUAAUUUUCCGGCGUGGAAAAAGAAAAAGCGAAAGUUUAAAAUUGGAAAAGACGGGCAAAAAAUCAAGUUAAAACCCAGUGUUCCGAUUUCGGUGUUUCCCAAAUCAGCGCAGACAAAUGGAGUAAUUCGUCAAAGUGGAGGACAAGAAUCGAAUAUAUCAGCAUCUUUAACGAUUAAAAAGAAGAAAAAGUUCAAGAAAAAUAAGAACAAGCAAAAUGGAACUGCGGUUGAGAUGAAAGAUGAAUUCAUGACGUCGUCUGUUCAAUUGACAAAUGGAGUUUUGACCAAGAAAGCUAAAGUUGAAUUGAAGACGAUACCUUCCCUAUUGAGAGUUGUGGAAAAACCUGCAACUCCAGUUCGUUCCAUCUCAAAUCUCUUUGCUUCUCAAUCCGAUUCUAAAGUCAACUAUUCUGAAAAGCCUGCACAACCUGUAAAGUCAUCGUUACUAGGAACUCCAGUUCCUUCUGUUUCCAAGACCACAAUUUCUAAGUCAUCCGUUGCUCGAACGAUUGCUUUCACACCGAGUAAAGAUAAUGUCAAGUCAACUCCGCCGUCAACCCCGAAAUUCGUUCCAAACUCUGAGAAAUUCACUCGUCCUCAACUCCCUAUUGACGUUGUAGAGCAACAAUUGAUGUAUGAGUUGGCAUCACAAGAGACUCUUAUUGUUAUCGGAGAAACUGGAUCCGGAAAAUCGACGCAAGUUCCUCAGUUAUGCGUUCGUGCUGGAAUUGCUGAAAAAGGUGCGAUCGCUGUGACAGAACCUCGACGUGUGGCAGCAGUGUCUCUUGCUGCUCGAGUUGCUGUUGAAAUGGGAACGGAUAUCGGUGGAGUCGUUGGUUAUCAUGUUCGAUUUGAGAAUGCCACAACGCAUAAAACGAAGAUUGAGUAUAUGACUGAUGGAAUCGUUUUGAGAAAAGCCCUCGUCUCACCACUUCUUGACAAAUACUCGACUGUAAUCAUCGAUGAGGCUCACGAACGGAGUCUCCAUUCAGACGUUCUUAUGUGCAUCCUGAAAAAAUGUCAAGAGCAGCGAAGAGAAUCAAAGAAUCCCCUCCGACUUAUUAUCAUGUCUGCCACACUUCAAGCUGACAAGUUCCAGGCUUAUUUUGAUAAUGCGAAGGUCGUUUUGGUAGCUGGACGGACGUUCCCAAUCGAAGUUUUCCAUGUGAAUCCGAAAAUUAACAAAUCGUUUUCUUCCACUGAUUACGUGUACAAUACGGUUAUUUGUGUGAAACAUGUUCAUUUGAAUGAGCCUAAAGGCCAUGAUAUACUGGUAUUCCUUACGGGAAGUGAAGAAAUUGAAGCUGUUGCUCAUCAACUUGCUGAACUCAAUGGAUCUCUUCCAGCAUCUGCAGAUUUCAUUCUGCCUGUUCCACUUUAUGCAGCUCUUCGGCCUGAAAAACAAAAAGAAGCAUUCAGAAAAACUCCACAGGGUGCCCGGAAAGUGAUCAUUUCUACUAAUAUCGCUGAAACUUCUGUUACGAUUCCGGGAAUUCGAGUAGUGAUUGAUUCCGGAAAAGUUAAAUCCAAACGAUUCGAAGCCACAAAUCGUAUCGAUGUUCUGAAAGUUCACAACGUGAGCAAAGCCCAAGCGAAACAACGAGCUGGAAGAGCUGGAAGAGAUGCGCCUGGAAAAUGUUACAGAUUAUACUCUCGCGAAGAUUUCCACAAGUUUGAGACCGAAAAUAUGCCAGAAAUCUUACGAUGCAAUUUGUCAGCAACAUUCCUCGAAUUGAUGAAACUUGGUAUGAAGAAUCCACAUCGUUUGCAACUUCUCGAUCCACCAGAGCCGGAGAAUAUCGAUGCAGCACUUUUGGAGCUUACUUCUCUCGGCGCUAUCAAACCAAUAACUUCGGACCGAAACAAGUUUAUUCUAACAGAUAUGGGAAAUUCCUUCUGUAUGUAUCCAUUGCCACCAGAUCAUGCGAGAGUACUUUUUCAAGCUCAAAAAGAGGGAUGUAUCAUGGAAGCUAUCAAAAUCAUCGCUGCAAUGCAGACAGAUGCUCUGUUUUCCGGUGGAAGUGAUUCGAAAAGUGAUCUCGAUGUGGAGAGAAUCAGAAGACGAUUUGAGACGAGAGAAGGAGAUCAUAUCACUUUGCUCAAGCUUGUUCUGUUAACCAAUAACUUCUUCGAUCAACUGAAUUCCAAAACGGAAGCUGAUGCACGGUACAACAAAUCAAACAAAUCGUUAGAACGAGAGUACAACGAAGCGAUCAGGAAAUUCUGCAAUGACAAUAUGAUCAACGAGCAGCACUUGAAGACUGCAUCAAUGAUUGAAGAUCAGUUGAAAGAGAUUGCUGUUGAACAAAACGUUCCAUUCUCAACGUGUGGUGCAGAUUUCUCGAAGAUUCGGAAGUCUAUCGCCGUCGGAAUGUUUUUGAAUAGUUGUGAAUAUGAUCGGCAAGAAGAUCGAUAUCGAUUGAUGAUCAAUCCGGCGAUCACACUGAAAAUCCAUCCGUCUUCGUGUCUUUCCAGAUCCAAACCCGCGUAUAUCGUGUUUUCGGAGUUGAUGAAGACUAAUGAUCUCUAUGCAUUACAAGUCACAUUAAUCGACGCUGACUGGGUUCGACCACUAAUCACUGAACACAAAAAGAUUCGUAAAAACCAUCUGGCUGAAAGUGCUCAACGCAUUCAACAGAUCGCUCAAGUCGAACCAAAAGCCAAAAAGCCGAAGCUUAAUACAACGUUAUGA